AUGGUCGAGCACUUUAACUGGGCCUCCUCCCCAAAUCUAAACCAGCACCACUUCAUCUCCUUCGCGAAUCUACUCGCGCUCCGAAAUGGGGGACAGGUUGAACCAGCCUGGUCGCUGCAUGAUUUCGAAGAUGAGGAAGCAAGAGAAGAAGAAGAAGAAGAAGAAGAAGAAGAAACCAACCCCGACACCGCAGGCGAUGCAAACAGCGUCAACACAAACCAAGUCCAGCAGAUCUCAGACUCGGGGCAUAGCAGGCUAAAACGAAAGUUUCUGGAUUGUCUAGCAGAGCUAGCUGCGAACGACAAGGGGGCGAGGUUUGUGGCGUGCUCUGGGAUGACAGAGGGCGAGGAUGAGGUGACGGUGUGGAUCAGUCGGAAUGAAGGGUUUCGGGACGUUGAUUAUGCUGUUUUUGGGAGAUUGGGUGGUUUGCUUGCGGGGUUGGGUUCUGUGGAUCCGGGAAGUCGACAUGCUGAGGAACUGUGGAGCGAGAUGUUGACGUACUACCGUGCUCGACUUGAGAGUACGUAUAUCCCGAGCUUGAGGUCGAGCUUGAAGGAUUGUGAACAGUUCUUUCGUGACGAUAAGGAUGAUGAAUUUACCCCAGUUCAUCAGCGCCUGCAAGCAUUCCACCGCUUGAUCUUCGACGGGAGUAUCCCCGGCCAAUCCGUGACAGGCAGACAUAGCGUCCUCGUCGUCGAGGCCUACGAGCUACGGAUGAUGAAGCCCGUCCGAGAACGCCUCUAUACCUCGCGGCACAGCACACCACGAACAAAGAAACUAUGGGAAAGCAUCUGCUUCCUCGGCCGACUACGCGUCGCCUUCAAAACAUUCAAAGAUAUCGCGCUCAACCUCCCCAGCUUCAAGAAAGUAACUAUAAUCCCCAUAUCUCGCGAUAUCGCCACGCAAAAGGCCCUACAGAGUCCCCUCAACCUAGGCCAGGCAUUCAAUCUUCUCGACGUACCCUUAGACCCAUCGACGGUCAAAAAGGUAAUAGGCCAGAAAUGGACCGUCCCCAAAGCAAAAGCCAGUUUCGGGGAUUUACAGAAACAAAAGCUGAACGUGCACGCCGAGGUCCAAAUGGUCCUUUAUCUUAGUAAGGUUGGACAAACGUUCGAUCGUCUGGUUCCAUAUUUUGGGUGUAGCAAGUACAGCUGUUUCAUGUGUUGGAAUUUCCUGCAGGCGCAUAGCAAGAUCAGAACUAGGGGCUGUCAUGGCCGGUUGUUUAAGCCGUGGUCUGUUCCUGAGGUGUCGGGGAUGGCACCUGGGAGCCCGAAGAAAAUAUCACAUGCACUUAUCCAACUACAAAGACGUCUGAGGAAGGAGUUGAAGGCUGAGAUUAAGAAAGGGGUUAGCCAAGAAAAGACUGCGCGAAGGAAGGCUGAGAUAGAGCGGAUGAGGAUGCGAGCUGAGCAGGAACGAGUGACUGAGUUUUUCAAACGGUCAAUGUGGAAAGAACAAGCAUUAAACUAUCAGCGUUCACGCGUGGAUGCUCAGCCAAACACUGCUGGUGCUCCACCUGAUUAUGCAGAGUAUCUCGGUGAAUGCUAUACCUGCUCUGGAGAUACGUCACGAAGAUGCAGUCUAUGCCAGAAGGACUUCUACUGCAGCCCAUUGUGCGAAGACAAGCGAUCCGGGCGGCAUCUCUUCACAUGCACGAAACGCCCCUUAACAUCUGCGGAUUUCCUGUACAGGAACAUCGAAAAAGACCGGCUGCCUGAAGAAGAAGAAGUCUGCUCAGACUUCGGGUUCAAUUACUUCAACUCUUUUGCAGACAAGAGUAAGCUCUUGGGGCUUUAUAAAGGCUUGUGGCUAGCCGAAAUCCCGGUUGAGGAUAUCCACAAGUGGCAGGUUGAAGGCUCCCUUGUCGCCAACAUCAAAAAACAUUUUAACCAGAUUUCUGAGCGAUACCGAGGGGGAUACUUUCCCUGGUUUCUAGAGCAUACCCAAUGCCUAGACAAGCCGAUCACAGAAGAAGAGGCAACGCAGAGAACUGUAGCCACAUUUUUCGACCAAGCACGCUCUUACCUAGACAAAGAAGACCGGGACAAGCACCACGAGAAACUCGAACCAGAAUCCAAGCGGGACUGUUUCUACAUGCUAGCCCUAACUCUACACAUGGCCAACCCCAACCCCAUACAAACCCACUGGUUCAAUUUCGGCUUUUGCACGUCUGACGACGAAUACCAUGAAAGGACUCUUGGGGGCAUGUACCAAAGACUACUCGUCGGCGACAAACUCUACGACGAUGUCCCAACCCGCAGGCCGCGAAGGAAAGAUGUACAAACAGCCACAUUCACAGAGUUCUGGAAAGCCUAUGAAUCGGGAACAAUGAUCCAGCUAAUGGACUCGAAGGGCCUUGGACGCGAGCGGCUUAAGUUCCCCUUUCUGGAACAGUUCUUCUCAAGUCCACCCGGUGGGCCGCAUCUGUCUGUCUGGUCGCUGAAGCAAUUCCUGGCUAUUAACAACCCGGCCGAGUUCCCGCCCAUUCCUGUGAUCAGCGUGGACUACGGAUUCGUGAAUUGUGAGACAUUCACGGAAACAUGCACCUUGAUGGAAAUUUACAAGAGACUACUGUGUGAUGCUAGUCCGCUGGAUCUCCACGAGGCGUGUAUUGCUGGGAAGUUGUUUGAGUUUGCGGAGCGUUUUCACACGAUGGAUCAGUCGCAUAGGAGGUUGAUGAAGAACUUUUAUCCCUUACCUGAGGUUUGA